AUGUGUAGUCUGUUACGAGACGAACCCCAAGACAUAACGAUACAACUUGACAAGCUGCAUUCGUUGAAUGACAACAACAACAAGCCUCUCAAACUUGACAAUCUGCGACUACUACCUCGCCUGCCUGAAGGUAAAGUGGUGAGCUCGGAGCUCGUCCGUCGCAAACAUGGCCCAGCGCCAGGUGCCAUUGCAUGUCACCCAGCCGACACUGUCCGAGCCCAGCGCCGACCAUCCUCAUGGUGCGGCGGCACAGCGGCGAUCGCUAACACAGAACAGCCAGCGUCAAUAUCAUGGCAAAACUGCACGCUCGAAUCGGACAAGUAUGUCUGCGUGCGCCAGGUUAACAACGAAGCAAAUGCCCCGGCCGAGACCGUCAUUAUCGAUCUGAAGAACACCAACAACAUUAUUCGGAGGCCGAUUCGCGCGGACAGCGCCAUUAUGCAUCUAACGGAGCCCAUCAUCGCGCUCAAGGCACAAGGCCGGACACUUCAGCUCUUCAACCUUGAGACCAAGGAGCGCCUCCAGACGUACAGCCAUCAGGAAGAUAUUCAGUUCUGGCGCUGGAUCAGCCAAACCACGCUUGCGCUUGUUAGCACAAAGGCUGUCUAUCAUUGGGACGUGCUGGAUUCGAAGAAUGCGGUUGCGCCUCGCAAGAUCUUCGAACGCCAGGAGCAGCUAGAGAAUAACCAAAUAAUCAACUACGUCACUAACGACGACGAGAGCUGGUCUUGUUUGGUUGGCAUCACAUCGAACCCAGCUGGAGGCAUUCGAGGCAACAUGCAGCUCUUCUCCAAGGCUCGCAACGUUAGUCAACCGCUUGAAGGUCACGCUGCCACCUUUGGCACCAUUCGACUCGAUGGCGCAACUACCGAUACCAAACUCUUUGCAUUCGCUGUGAAGUCUUCCUCAGGUGAAGCCAAAAUCAACAUUGUCGAAGUUGAUCACAACGCCGCGAAUCCAGCUUUCCCGAAGCGCCUAAUCCCAAUCCACUGGCCUGCCGAGGGCACCGGUGACUUCCCGCUUGGUAUCCACAUUGCCCACAAAUAUGGUAUUCUGAUUGUCGUUACCAAGUUCGGCUUUAUCCAUCUGCACGACCUCGAGACUGGUACCGCCUUAUUCCUUAACAGGAUUUCCGAGGAGACCGUCUUCACCACUGCGCGUGAUGAUGAAGGUACGGGUGUUGUAGUCAUUAACAAGAGGGGUCAGGUUCUACAUACAACCAUCAGGGAGGAUACCCUGAUUCCGUACAUUAUGGAAAACCCAGCCUGUGCUGAAAUUGCGUACAAGCUUGCUUCCAAAGGCGGACUUCCGGGUGCAGAUCAGCUUUAUUCGCAACGAUUUGAGAUGCUCAUGAGCCAGGGCAAUUUCGCUGAGGCAGCCAAGGUCGCCGCUAAUUCUCCUAGAGGAUUUCUACGCACAAUGAACACAAUCAACCGUCUUCGUCAAGUACCAAGCCAGCCUGGCCAGAUCACUACAUUACUGCAAUACUUUGGGCAACUGUUAGACAAGGGUGGAUUGAACAGGGAGGAAACACUGGAGCUCGCUCGACCUGUCUUCGUUCAAGGCCGUAAGCACCUCAUUGAGAAGUGGCAAAAGGAGGGAAAACUUCACUGCUCUGAAGAGCUGGGAGAUCUAGCCAAGCCUCAUGACCUCAACCUUGCCCUGGCUAUCUACAAGGAAGCCAAUGUUCCCCAGAAGGUUGUCGCAUCACUUGCCGAGCUAGGUCAUUACGAUCUUAUCCUCCAAUAUUGCAAUGGCGUCGGAUACACUCCAGAUUACAAUGUUCUUCUUCAACAUGUUCUACGCAUCAACGGCGACAAGGGCGCAGAGUUUGCUUCUCAGCUUGCGAAGAAUGAAGGAGGACCGUUGAUCAGCAUUGAUCGUGUUGUUGACAUUUUUCAGUCCCAAGGCAUGAUCCAGCAAGCAACGGCAUUCCUACUCGAUGUUCUUUCGAAUGAUCUUCCAGAGGAGGGUCAUCUCCAGACAAAGUUGCUCGAGAUGAAUCUGCUCAAUGCUCCCCAGGUCGCAGAUGCUAUACUGGGCAACGAAAUGUUUCAUCACUAUGACAAGGCUCGCAUCGCUCAGCUUUGUGAGAAUGCCGGUCUACUCACACGUGCGUUGGAGCACAACGAUGACCCUGCUGCUAUCAAGCGUAUCAUUGUUCAAGCCGAUAAACUCCCCGAAGAUUGGCUAAUCAACUACUUUGGUCAACUCACCGUUGAGUUAUCACUGGAAUGCUUGGAUGCCAUGUUGACUGCCAACAUCCGCCAAAAUCUGCAAGCCGUCAUCCGAAUUGCCCAAAAGUACUCAGAUCUGCUUGGCGCCACCAAUAUCAUUGAACUAUUGGAGAAACACCGGACGGCGGAAGGACUCUACUUCUUCCUUGGAUCUAUUGUCAAUGUUAGCGAGGACAAGGACGUCCACUUCAAGUACAUCGAGGCUGCCACCGCGAUGGGCCAAUUGAAUGAAGUUGAGCGCAUCUGUCGCGAAAGCAACUAUCUGGACCCAGAGAAGACGAAGAACUUCCUCAAAGAAGCCAACCUGACUGAACAGUUGCCGCUCAUCAUCAUCUGUGAUCGCUUCAACUUCAUUCAUGAUCUUGUUCUUCACCUCUACAAGAAGCAACAAUUCAAAUCCAUUGAGGUAUACGUGCAGCGCGUAAACCCAGCGAGGACCCCGGCAGUCAUCGGGGGCCUCCUCGAUGUAGAUUGCGACGAGAGCAUCAUCAAGGGGCUUCUGGCGUCAGUGACGCCAUCAUCCAUCCCGAUUGACGGACUUGUUUCCGAAGUCGAGUCUCGUAACCGCUUGAAGCUGCUGCUUCCCUUCCUGGAACAGACACUGGCAACUGGAAACCAGCAACAAGCUGUGUACAACGCGCUUGCCAAGAUCUACAUUGACAGUAACAAUAAUCCGGAGAAGUUCCUCGCCGAGAACGAUCAAUACGAUACCCUUACUGUCGGAAAGUACUGCGAGAAGCGUGAUCCAAAUCUCGCCCUGUUGGCUUACAGCAAAGGUCAGAAUGACCUCGAGCUCAUCAACAUCACCAAUGAAAACGCCAUGUUCAAGGCACAAGCGCGUUACCUCUUGGAGCGGGCGGACAGCGAGGUCUGGGACUUUGUGUUGUCCCCUAAUAACAUGCAUCGUCGCUCUCUAGUCGACCAAGUGACAUCCACAGCUGUACCUUCUUCUACGGAUCCUGACAAGGUUUCUGUUGCUGUCAAGGCUUUCAUCACGAGUGACAUGCCGGCGGAGUUGAUUGAGCUUCUCGAGAAGAUUAUUCUGGAGCCUACUGCCUUUAGUGAUAAUCCAUCGCUGCAGAACCUACUCAUGCUUACUGCUGCUAAGUCGGAUCGCGGCCGAAUGAUGCACUACAUCUCCGCUCUUGACCAAUACACUCCGGAGGAUAUAGCCCAGCAGUGUAUCGAGGUCGGUAUGUACGAGGAGGCAUUUGAAAUCUACAAGAAGCAUUCACAGCAUGUUGAGGCUGUCAACGUCCUCAUUGAACACAUUGUUAGUAUUGACAGGGCGCAAGAGUAUGCUGAAGGCAUCGACACCCCUCCUGUCUGGAGCAGAGUGGCUAAAGCGCAAUUGGAUGGUCUGCGCGUGACGGACUCCAUCGAAUCUUACAUCCGUGCUGGCGAUCCUUCGAACUUUUUGGAAGUCAUUGAAAUCGCAACACACGCUGGCAAGGACGAAGAUCUGAUCAAGUUCCUUCGAAUGGCCCGCAAGACCCUGCGCGAAGUUCCAAUUGACACAGCGUUAGCAUUCUGCUUUGCGCGUACCAACCAGCUUUCAGAACUUGAAGACUUCUUGCAGGGUAUCAACGUUGCUGACGUCGAGGCUUCUGGUGACAAGGCAUACGAGGAAGGAUAUCAUGAGGCUGCCAAGAUCUUCUACACCAGCAUCUCCAACUGGGCUAAGCUUGCCACCACUCUAGUCCAUUUGGAGGAAUACCAGGCUGCUGUUGAGUGUGCCAGGAAGGCCUCAAACGUCAAAGUUUGGCGUCAAGUCAAUGAAGCUUGUGUUGCAAAGAAGGAGUUCCGUCUCGCACAGAUCUGUGGACUGAACCUCAUUGUUCAUGCCGAAGAACUUGCUGAUCUCAUCAAACAAUACGAGCGUAAUGGCUACUUUGAUGAGCUCAUCAGCCUGCUCGAAGCUGGCCUGGGGCUGGAGAGAGCUCACAUGGGUAUUUUCACCGCGCUCGGCGAAGCUCUUGCCAAAUAUCACCCAGAGCGUGUCAUGGAGCAUUUGCGGCUCUUUUGGUCGAGAACCAACAUACCUCGGGCCAUACGUGCGUGCGAGGAAGCCCACUUAUGGAGAGAGCUUGUCUUCCUGUACGUUCACUACGACGAGUUUGAUAACGCUGCACUUGCCAUGAUGGAGCGCGCAGCGGACGCCUGGGAACACCAAGCAUUCAAGGACACAAUUACCAAGGCCACCAAUGUGGAAAUCUACUAUCGCGCACUGGGAUUCUAUCUCGAAGAGCAGCCUACACUCUUGACGGAUCUCUUGCAAGCACUCACGCCCAGGAUCGAUGUCAAUCGGGUUGUUCGCAUGUUCGCCAAGUCGGACAACAUUCCCCUCAUCAAGCCAUUCCUUCUGAGCGUUCAGUCACAGAAUAAGCGCGAGGUUAACAAUGCCCUGAACGACCUCUUGAUUGAAGAGGAGGACUAUAAGACGCUCCGGGAUUCGGUCAACAGCUACGAUAAUUAUGAUCCCGUCGAUUUGGCGCAGCGUCUGGAAAAGCAUGAUUUGGUAUUCUUCCGCCAGAUUGCGGCCGACAUCUACCGCAAGAACAAGCGAUGGGAGAAAUCAAUUGCCCUCUCCAAGCAGGACAAACUGUUCAAAGAUGCGAUUGAGACGUCUGCUAUGUCUGCCAAGUCGGAGGUGGUUGAGGAUUUGUUCCGCUAUUUUGUGGAUAUUGGCAGCCGCGAGUGUUACGUCGGUAUGCUGUAUGCCUGUUACGAUCUCAUUCGCCCAGAUCUUGUUCUCGAGAUAUCAUGGCGUCACGGUCUCCAUGACUUCACGAUGCCAUACAUGAUCAACAUGCUUUGCCAGCAGACGGCAGCGAUUGAGCAGCUGAAGAAGGACAACGAGGAACGCAAGUCUCGCGAAGUGACUCAGCAAAAGAAGGAGGAGGAGACACCGAUUCUGGGAUCUCGCCUGAUGCUCACGCAAGGUCCUAUAGCCUCGGCCCCGUCACCCGGACCGUAUGGGCAGGCCAAUGGCAUCGCACCCCAGCCAACUGGUGGUUUCCGAGGCUUCUAG